AUGGACCACGACAAUGAUAAAAAGAGACUCCACGAAGAUAGCGAUAAUUCUGAAAUUAAGAAACACAAACCAUUAGAUGUGUUGAGCGAAGAUGGGCCUUUAACACAGAAAGAUGUUGUGUACUUUAAGAAGGAAGCUAUUUGGAGGCAAAUGAGAAGUUAUAAACAGAAAUGUACACUUUUAACGAGAGACUUAAAUGAUAUUAAGCUGAAUUAUGAAUCUAAUGAACGAAAAAUUAACGUAUUAGAUUCGUGGUACGAACUGAUUAUUAACCUCUUUGGUGUAAAGAAGGAACUGAACGUUGAGUUGAACGAAACAAUAUUGAUUCAAUUGACUAAUGUACCAAUAGGGGAUCUAGAUGCGUUAUUGGAAAAGAGACGAGCACAGUUAUUGACUAUAUUAAGUCCUAUAAUUGAAAAUUCCAAACUCUCAAACAUUGAUAAAAGUGACGUGUUAGAGAAGAUAGAAGUUUUAAAUGCAGAGGUGGCCACUCUAAAAUCAGAAAAUAAUACAUUAAGCAAGUUGAAAUCCCAAUUUGAAAGCAAGGUGGAAGACUUACAAGCGCAGUUGUUAACAUUGGUAAAAGAUAAUGAUAGAAGAAGCUCGAAGACUCUUCAGAGAAUUGACGAAAGUCUAACCAACGGAUCGGAUGUGAAAGAAGAAGCUUCCGAGACAGUAAAAUCUGAGGUAAAUAAGGACACAACGGUGAAAAAUGAGAAUUCGGUAGACAAUGAAGAGUUUGAAAGGAUAAGUUCAGAAAUAGAAGAGUUGAAAAGCGAUAAUAGGUUAUUAAAGGAACUGAUGAAUCAGAUCAAUACAAACUAUGAUAAAGUAGUAAAGGAGAAUUUACAGUUAUCUGAUAAACUAGAGAACUUGAAUGAAAACGACUUGAUUAAUUCCGUUUCGUAUCAAGAAUUGGCAGCACAUAACAAACAAUUGAACGAAAGCGUAAAUAAUUUGCAAAAAAUUAAUGACACAACUGUAAAUAAGUUAAAUGAGUUAGAAAAUAAGCAAACCAAUGUGAAGCACUUACUUGACAAGGAAUUAAGGGAGGAAAAUGAAACUCUAAAACAACAAUUACAGAAAAGCGAAAACGAUUUGGUCAGAAUUCGAACUGCCAGAGAUGAGUUACUAUCUAAACAAACAAUCUUGAAAGCUGAUUUUGAAAAUCAAACUACUAAUGAUGAAUUAAAUAAAUUGAAUAAGGUCUUGAAUGAAAGAAUUAAUGCCUUGGAAAGCGAAAGGCAUGAAACUGGUGAUAAUAGUAAGAUAAGCGAAUUAUCGAAGGAUGAAUUGAUUCAACGGAUUAACAUGUUAAAUAGCGAAAUCAAAGAAAUAGAGCAAGCAUUUCAAGAAACGAGAGAAAACUCGCUAUCUAAGUUAAUGAGUGUUACUGACCAAGAAAAUAUGGUUAAAAAGUUGACCAUAGAAAAAACAAAAGCCGACCAGAAAUACUUUGCGUCUAUGAGAUUAAAAGACUCGUUAAGUUCCGAAAAUAAAAUAUUAAAAACGCAGAUAAAUAAGUCACAAGAGCUAGUUAGCAAACUAAAUGACUUAGAAAAGAGCUAUUUGGACAAAAUAGAGAUCUUGACCAAAUCGAAUAAUGACUUUAAAAUAAUCAGACAAUCAGCUCUUCAAGAAAACUCCAAAUUACAGGAAUCAUUAAGGGCGAUCGAUGUUAGAAAAGCUAGCUUAGAAAAAGAAUUGUCGGGCAUGAAGGAUAAAUAUAGUGAUAAGGUCCAAGAAAAUACAAGCUUCACACAGGAACUAAAUGAAAAGAAUUUAAUGAUGGGAAAACUUGAGCAUAAACUAAAGUCGACCGAAAGCUUGUUGAAGAAAUACAAAACCAAUAAUACUUCAUCAAUCUUGCAGGAGGAUGAAAGGCAGCUAGAAGCACUUCGUUCGAUUGCAAAAUGCUCUGUUUGUUCCAAAAACUGGAAGGACACAGCCAUAACGGUGUGUGGACACGUCUUCUGUCUGGGAUGCACCCAAGAACGUUUAGCAGCCAGAUUAAGAAGAUGUCCAACGUGUAACAAGGGGUUUUCAGCUAACGAUUUGCUCUCUAUCCAUUUGUGA